GCUGCAGGCUCCGUACGCAGCCCAAACCGUUCAACGGAGUGCAUACUGAGUCAUAUAAUGGCCAAAGCCAGUCGACGCAAGAGUAGGUCAGCUACCCAGAAAACGGGCGAGUCAGGGGCCACCGUCGACGACAAGCAGGACGGCGCUGACGCUAGCCCUCGUGCGCAGGACGACGAUUCCUGUCCCGCGUGCAAGCCCAACGAGACCCAGCAGCAGUGGGAUGCGGCCGAUAAAGAGAAUUGGGUCCGCUGCGAUGCCUGCAAGACUUGGUAUCACUGGCGCUGUGCCGGCGACGGUGGCGAUUUGGACGCGGUCGAUAAGUGGUUCUGCAAAGCAUGCCUCGCUCAAGACCCCGCGCGGAUCAUCACUAUGAAACCACCUGCGCGCAAAUCCGCACGAAAGCGCACCCAGCGCGACUAUGCUGGCCUGCACAACACGGGCACCGAAGCUGGUCCUGACAGAUGGAUGCGAAUGCUCGAGGGCAAGCAGCUCAAGGGCGAUCCUUUUCGCCGUAUGAAGGGCAGUGAGGUCGGCAUCGAGUGGCUCGAGAACGACGACACCGCGAUGCGUGAGCCGAUCGUUGUCGAGAGCCCUGAGGGACUGGGCAUGAAGAUGCCUCCCAAGAACCUCACCGUGCGGGACGUUGCAGAUAUCAUCGGCGAGGAUUUUCCAGUGGAGGUUAUCGACGUUGCGACACAGUCUAACCUGCCCGGCUGGACGCUGGGCAAGUGGGCGGAGUACUACGACCGCGCGCCGUCCGAGCGCGAUAAAGUGCGAAACGUGAUCUCACUCGAGAUCUCUGGGACGGACCUCGCGGACAAGGUGCUUCCUCCGCGGAUCGUCCGGGAGUUCGACUGGGUGGAAAGGUUCUGGCCUAGCACGAAAAAGGGACGGGGCCACAACUACCCCAAGGUGCAGCUCUACUGUCUGAUGGGAACCGUGGGAUCGUGGACGGAUUGGCAUAUCGACUUUGCGGGAUCAUCUGUGUACUAUCACAUUCUGCACGGCUCCAAAGUAUUCUACUUUAUCAGGCCGACGCCUGCGAACCUGCUCGCAUAUGAGAAGUGGUCAGGAACGGAGAUGCAAAACAGCGCAUGGCUGGGCGAUAUGGUCGACGAAGUGUUCAAGAUCGAGCUGCACGAUGGGAACACGAUGAUCAUCCCUACCGGGUGGAUCCACGCUGUGUACACACCGGCCGACACCCUAGUGUUUGGCGGAAACUUCGUGCACUCGUACAACGUUCCUAUUCAGCUUAAAGUUCGCGAGAUUGAGAUCGCAACUCACGUCCCGAAGAAGUUUAGGUUCCCAUACUUUGUCCGGCUGUGUUGGUAUGUGGGAGAGAAGUAUCUACGCGACCUGAAGGCCAAAGAAGAGUUCUCAUCGCGGGUGCUUGAAUCUAUCGAGGCGCUGGCGGAUUUCCUUGUCUCGGAAGCGCGGGCGAUGGAACAUGGGACGGACCACGCGAAGAGAGAGGCGAGGGAACAGGUGCCGGGAGAUCGUGUCAAGGAUGCGUCGGCGCUGGCGCGGGAGCUGCGCUGGAGAAUCAAACAUGCAGCCGGCUACUCGAGCGAGGAUGAGGGACGCGGCGGCCGCAAGCUGGGAAAGACCCCGAGCUUUGGCGAACCGACUACGAAUGGCGUGGGACACAAGCGGAAGCGAUCAGAUGGCGGUGAGGACCGCGGAGGGAUGUUCAAGAACUUCACCAAGCGGAGAGUGUGGGAGGCUGUAGUCGAGAUGCCACCGGACGAGGAGAUCACGUGGAUCAGAGCGCGACGGCCCGCAGAGGGCGAAGACUGGAAAGCACGAUGGGGAGACUGGCAGGAGCUAAUGAGCACUGAAGAUGGGGAGUGGGUCGUGGUUGAGAGCCGGAAGGACGUGAUUGUGAAGGUGAGAAAGACGGAGAAGGGUAUUGAACGGCAGAGGGUGGAGAGGAUACUGGAGGACUGGGUGUGGAGAGGCGAUCCGUCUGCGCCGCCCUCGCCUGCAGUCGCUGCAAAGGUAGAGGUGGGUGCGAACGAGAAGAUCCCUUCUCCCCCGGCAGAUCCGACCAACGUUGAGAAGCUCACGACGAACGCAGACAACACGGACGUCACCGAGUUGGUUACAGUCUCUGCAGAUGCCUCUGCGCCAGAGACUAGGGCUGCGUCGAGCGUGCAGACGGAGGUGGAGAAAGUGGAUGUUGCAGCCGCGCCUGACGAUGCAAGCGCUGUCUCGAGUAGUGUGGACGCUACUAGUACAUGAAUUGAUGGUAUCCUUAUUGCAUACAUAUCUGUCUUGUCGUU